GGUGUAUUUACUUCCGGGGAAGCGUCUCCAGUCUCGGUUAGUUCAGAUACUGAUUUUCAGUGCGACACAUAUGUUAACCAGCACGGCACAGUAGCUAACUCGGUUAGCAAAACAACCCCAGGAUUAUAACCGAUGUGAUUUCAGAGUCUGCACCCAUGUCGGCCAGGAGCAGCGGUGUGGAGUGGGGAGAAACAGUCGAGGAGGUUGUUAUAACGGAGGAGCGACAGACACCUGAAAACAACAGCCCUGAAGUGAUACCAGAUGUGGAGCCAGCAGAAACACCAAUCCAGAGACUGCUGGGCACUGUGGGACAUGGAGACAACUUAGAGGGCAGUAAUGGCUUCUACUGUGAGGAGUGUCUGACACUCUUCCAGGACCAAAGCAAUCCCGCAAACAUCAACGGCCCAUCGUUCAUUCUUGACUUUCCAACGAGCAUGGGCGUUCCCCAGAGGGCCCUCCUCACUCUUCCCUAUGGCCUGAUGAUAGGCAGAUCCAGUAUUCCGAGUGCAGGCAUUGGGGUCAUAAAUCAUGGACAGAUGGUGUCUCCAGGAAUGCAUUUUGGACCGUAUGAGGGUGAAGUGACGACAAGGGAAAAUGCCAUGGCGAGUGACUACUCCUGGGAGAUUUGCAAAGAAAAAGAUGAGUACGAGUACAUCGAUGCUGCCAGAGACUCAGUCUCAAACUGGAUGAGAUACGUCAGUUGUUCUCGUAACAAAGACGAGGCCAAUUUGCUGGCAGUCGAGUACAAAGGCAGCAUCCUGUUUCACUGCUGUCGCACCAUCCACCCUGGAGAUGAACUCAUGGUUUGGCCGAGCAGCAAACUUCUCGACCACUUCAGUGAAGCUUGGGCCCAGCUGAGGUUGAUGAAGUUGAAUGCAGCAGAGAGUAAUACGAAUGCGACACAUCAAAUCUUCCUGUGCUCCCACUGUCCGCUGUCCUUCACUACAGAGGCUUUCCUCCAGCGACACACUGACUUCAUCCAUCUCCAGCCUCAAGCGGCCUGCACAACACCUGCUGAGGCAGCUGAACCUGAUAAUCCAGCUUCCACGGCCGACUCGGGUGACGCUGCAGCAUCCCUGUCGGUGUUAUCUGUUGACUCUGCCGAGUCCAAUACGUGUGGUGAUUGUGGGAAGAUUUUCAAGCAGCUACCUCACCUCAGGAGGCACAAGCUCUGUGUCCACUCAAACAAACGGCCAUACUGCUGCACACAGUGCAGGAGGAGUUUCAGCCAGGCGUCUGGUUUAAUCAGACACCAGCUAGUUCACAGGAAGAAGGCCAUGAUCAAAGUGACAGACGUUUCUAAUCAGAGCGCAAAGCAGAGUGCGACACUGACGUCAGAGCCAGCUGCAAUCCAGGAAACAAACGAAAAAACAGACCAAAUGAAUGUAAGUGCGACUCUAGAAGGAGCUGUGGAUGUAACUGAAGCUGAAAAUACUUUUGCAGGAGAGACAGAAACAUCCCAGCCCAACUGCUCAGAGUGUGGAAAGGGUUUCACCAAUGACGGGUACCUCAAAAAGCAUAAGUCAACCGUCCAUGGAGGGUUACGCCCGUACGUCUGCACCGUGUGUCUGAAGUGUUUUGGCCAGUACUGCGACCUGACUAGGCACUUGCAGAGUCACCAGAAAAGAAGCAAAACAGGAGAAAGAAUCAAACGGGCUGGAGAGCCAGCUGCCACCAUGCCCUUUAGCUGUGCUGAGUGUUUAUUGACGUUUCCCUCAGUGGAGGACCUUCAGCAGCACAUCAGUGAGCAUCACUCAGAGGAGACCAUGGUGGAAAUUCAAGACGAGGAUCAGAGACAAGAUCCAGAUUUUGUUCCACAAUCCUCAGUGGAUGAACUCCAGAAACGUCCCUCGAUGAGGCCUCAGCGAGCCGGAGCAAGAUCUAAAGUGUCUGCCAUAACCAAGCUCAUCGCUCCAAAACGAAGGGCGGCCAUCUGCAAGAAGCCAUUAAGCGGCUCUCCUCAGGGUGAGAGGAGCUCCACCGAGCCAGAAGCACCUGCUGCUCGAAACGGGAAGCUGACAAAAUACAGGUGGUUCAGCUGCAACCGCUGCAAACGAACAUACGCAAACCCAGACGAGCUCAAAGCACACAAGUGUCCUCUCAGGCAGCACAAGUGCGGUCAGUGCGGGGCGACCUUUAUUAAGUCGGGCUUCCUUCACAGACACGAGCAGACGGUGCACUCAAAUGCAAAGUCUUACAGCUGUGACCGCUGUGGUAAAGUCUUCAGCACAUCAGGCAAGCUCAAACAGCAUCAGAAGAGCAACACGUGUAUGAAGUAUCACUGCACGUCGGAGCUGUUCCCGUGCUCGUUCUGCCAGUUCUCCUUCACCAUGAAGAGCUACCUGAUUAAACAUAUCAAGAGGCACCACCCUGUGGAGUACCUGUCAGACAGCCACGUGGAUCCGCCGGAGGAAGAGAAGGAGGAGAAACAAUGUGUAUGCUCCCACUGCGGGAAGAGCUUUGAGAGCAACAAAGCCUUAAAAUCUCACUCGUGCAUCCAGCAGGUGCAGGUGCUGUACUUGUGCACAGACUGCGGAAAGGGCUUCACCAACCACUACGGCCUCAAGCAACAUCAGCGCAUCCACACGGGCGAGAAGCCGUACAUCUGCCCCCACUGCAGCAAAAGCUUCUGCUACAUCGGCCAGCUCAACGUGCACCUCAGGACUCACACGGGGGAGAAGCCGUACCUGUGCACCCACUGCGGGGAGAGCUUCCGGCAGUCGGGAGACCUGAAGCGACACGAGAGGAAGCACACGGGUGUGAGGCCCUACAGCUGCCCCGAGUGCUGCAAGAGCUUCAGCCGGCCGCAGAGUCUCAAAGCUCACCAGAUGCUCCACCUGGGACAGAGAAUGUUUAAAUGCACCCAGUGCGGGAAGAGCUUCUCCCGGAACUAUCAUCUCAGGAGACACCAUCAGAAGAUGCACUUGUAGACAUAAGACUUUGGGAAUAAUGUGCUUGAAGGGACAGUUCAGUCCGAAUCAGAAAUACAUAUUUAAAGUGAAACUCUCGCCAAUAAACAACCAAGGCUUUAUUUGCGAUUGAAUAUGAGUCAAACCUACAUGUAAAAGCAUAAUUACGAUGAAAGAGGCAUUUUUAAGAUUUAGC